UUCCUUUUCAUCACAACUUUACCAAAAUAGAGCUGUGCAAAACUCUGAGUGUUUCAAGAUUGGCUUUUUGCCUUCCUUCCAACAUACGCAUUCAAAUUCAAAUGAUACAAAAUUUAUUAGUUCCUACCUGCAGGAAACUAUAGUGGAGGCAUUCUCCACUAACUAAUGAUUAAACUCACUAAAAGCAACCAAUCAAUAAUAGCUCUUUUUCAAAUAUUCCUUCAUGUCCUUAUGUUCACAUUUUAAAGUUGCACAUUUUUUACCUAAAAUAUCAAAGGCAAGUGUUUUUGGCGCCUACAGAGUGGAGUUUGUGGCGGUUUGCAGAGGGCUGCUCAGAUUUCAACGAGAGAGAACGCACGAUUGCAGAGGCAUGCCCGGCUUCAGAGGAGUCGCAUGGCUUCAGAGGAGUCUACAGAAGCAGGGUUGCAGGUAACAUUUGGCUGUUACGGUUAUAGCUGUCUCUGCAUAUUGGUUUAAAGUGGAAGAUCGAGCAUAGGGUGUAGCAUCGUCCCUAAUUAAAAAUGGGGCAAAACCUUUUCAAAAUGCAACGGUGGUUAGCAGAGAUUGUGCUAGUUACUAGGGACGCACCAAAUGUGAAAUUCAGAGCAACAGUUGUAACAACCUGGUAUUGGAUCAACUAUCAAAUAAACAACGGCCGGAGAUCAGUGGCGUCCCCUGAAUUUUCAUGCUCUCAUAGAAAAUGUUGUUACAGAAAGAAGAUAUAUUGUGCUUGGAACAGGCUUUAUGCAACUCAUCAAUGCUGCCAUUCAUAGCCUUCCACUCACAAAUGCUUCAAAUCUAGCAAUAGUUGCAGUUGUUGCGCCCUUUUGCAGUGGCUACAAAUGUCCCAGUGGCCUUGACGUUGAGCAUUCAAUUUCUUUCUCUGCUACACAACGCCAAGACAUCAUAGCAGUAUUGCAUGAUUCCUUUCAAAAUGCUGAAGGGGAGUGGAAAGUGUUUAUUGACACUGAUACAGAGCUAUAUGGUGAAAAUGGAGCAUAUGCAAACAUUGGUUUUGGUAUUGCCGACUUCAUUUGCCUUCCCCUGCAUGCAGAUAUGUCUGAUUGGUAUUGUGCAAAGGUUUUGAUUAAUGACAUGCAGUUGCUUCAUGAUAUGGAUGUAUCUCAUGCACAGUUUAAGCAAUCUUGCGGGGUGACUGUUGGUGGGAUAAGCGAAUGUACCUUCAUUCCCACAAAGGCAAAACAAGAUAUUAUCCAAACAUUGGACAAUUUAGUAUACCAGGAAGCUCAGAGAAUGCCCAACUUGUUUCUCCAUUACAAUGGAGCUAAAACUACUGCUGAGGAGUUCAGUGCAAAGUGCUCAACCUGCAUGAGAAACUUUGGAGUGGUUGGUGUAGCCUCCAAAGAUAUAGGAGUUCCUAUUGCCUGCAUCAAGCCUGGAAUCUUUCAUGGUGUUCACAUGGACUAUAAUCUCAGUAUUGACACCAUAAAACACUGCAGGGAGAAUUUGGAGGAGAUUGUUAAGGCCAUAGAUCAAGUUGAUGAAAAGAACAACCCACGCAAAAUUUUCAGGCAACACUUGGAGUUUCUGAAAGCAAGGCGUAUGGAAAGGAAGUUGGGCAUCAAGCUCAAACUGAAGCAUAAAUCGCCUUUAACAACAGUAAAGAAGAGAAGAAAACACUCGCCUUCUUUUGCUUCCAAAGAUGCUACAUCUGUUAUGUAUAAAACAUACGCUCUCAGAAACAGAUAUUCACUCAGAGAGAGGUCUAAACAGAUGAAGACUAAGUUGUUUAUAGACAACUUUGAGAGCAGUAGCAUUUCAACAGCUUGAUUUCUGAAUCAAAGUUCUGUUAUUAUCUAGUUUCAAAUUUUGUUAGGCGUUUGUGGAUUUCCAAGAUUUGUAAUUAAAUGCAUACUAAGUUCAUUGUAAAUAAACAUAAUAGUGAUCACUUCCUAAAACUGAUCUUUUUGUCACUGGAUUCACCUCAUCUUCAAUAAUUCAGUUUUCUCCGGAAUUUGUGGGUUUCCAAGAUUUGUAAUUAAAUGCAUACAAAGUUCAGUGAUUACUCCCUAAAACUGAUCUUUUUGUCA